UGUAAAACGGAAUGUAUGAGCUUAAGUUUUUCUCGCUUUAUGCAUGCAGAUCGUGGUGAAGUGCCAAAAGGAAGUGCAGAGAUUUUCUUCCGCAAUGUAAAGUUUUGGAAAGGGGAUGAAGGAGAGGAGGCACCACCUGUCUUUAAUCUGGAUGGGGUUAACUACAUACAUGUGAAGGUUGCUGGUUUGUUAUUUGUUGCAACUACAAGAGUCAAUGUUUCCCCUUCUCUUGUUUUGGAACUCCUACAGAGGAUUGCACGAGUUAUUAAAGAUUACCUUGGAGUUCUUAAUGAAGACUCACUAAGGAAGAACUUUGUGCUUGUAUAUGAAUUGCUUGAUGAAGUCAUUGAUUUUGGUUAUCCUCAAACAACCUCCACUGAAGCAUUGAAGUCCUAUGUGUUUAAUGAGCCAAUUGUAGCUGAUACUGCACGUUUGCCACCCCUUGGCCCUGCUGCCAUGUUUAUGCAAGGGUCUAAAAGAAUGCCCGGGACAGCAGUUACAAAAUCUGUUGUUGCCACUGAUCCUGGUGGAAGGAAAAGGGAAGAAAUCUUUGUUGACAUAAUUGAGAAAAUAAGUGUGACCUUCAGCUCGAGUGGUUACAUCCUUAUGUCUGAGAUUGAUGGUACCAUUCAAAUGAAAAGUUAUCUUACUGGGAACCCAGAAAUUCGUCUGGCUUUGAAUGAAGACUUGAGUAUUGGAAGGACAGGAGGGUCUGUUUAUGAUUAUAAAAGUUCCACUGGAGGGGGGCUUGUGAUUCUUGAUGAUUGCAAUUUCCAUGAGUCUGUCCAUCUUGACAGUUUUGAUUUGGACCGGACAUUGUCCUUGGUGCCUCCUGAUGGAGAGUUUCCCGUUAUGAACUAUCGUAUGACUCAGGAGUUUAAGCCUCCUUUUCGAAUUAAUGCAUUGAUUGAAGAAGCAGGACAUUUCAAGGCUGAAGUGAUUCUGAAAAUCCGUGCUGACUUCUCCCCGACAAUUACUGCAAACACCAUUCAAGUGCACAUGCCUCUCCCAAAAUAUACAGCUAGGGUUAGUUUUGAGUUGGAUCCUGGUGCAGUAGGAAACACAACUGAUUUCAAGGAAUCAACAAAGAAACUGGAAUGGAGUUUGAGAAAGAUCGUUGGUGGCUCUGAGCAUACACUGCGGGCAAAGCUCACUUUUUCUCAGGAAUCGCACUCUAAUAUAAUGAAGGAAGCAGGACCAGUAAGCAUGACAUUCACAAUACCAAUGUACAAUGCUUCGAGGCUUCAGGUAAGGUACUUGCAGAUAGCAAAGAAGUCCAAGACUUCUAACCCGUAUCGGUGGGUGAGAUAUGUGACACAUGCAAAUUCGUAUGUAGCUCGCUUAUGAUAGUCAAUCUUUGUCAAAGAAAAUAAUGUCAAACAAGAAAAUGUGCCUGCCCUUGUGAGAUAUGUGAAACAUGCAGUUCAUGCUGCCAGCAUGUGAUGGUCAAUGUUGGACAAUAUUGUGCUCUCUCGUACUUGGAAUGCAUUGGUACAAACAUGCUCAUAGAAACAUCCUCACUUCUAUCCAUGUACUAACAGCUGUUCUAUUUUUACUUUCUAUUUUUACUUUAUUGUUAUUUUUUAUGCUUAGACCCCAUUAAUCAGUAGAAUUAGGGGAGUCCAUGAACUUUGUUAAUGUCUAUUUUGGACCUCUUCUUGUUUCUAAGGGCCUUUUCAGUCACGCUGAAUAUCAGGAAUAAUUUCUGUAAUUUUAUAGAUUAAUGUCUGUUAUGCCAACAUAAUUUCUUCUGUUACUGGAA